AUGCCGCUCAAAAUGUUUGUUAAUAAAUACAUUACAUUUCAUACAAUCUGUGCUGUAUAUUAUGUAGUUGUAGUUGGGCAACAAGAGAAAGAAAGCAAAUUCGGCGAGAUAGUAAAGAGAACAGUUAUCGCCGCUGCACAUACAUGUAUGGACCAUGUCAACGCCACAGCCAAAGACCUGGAGCACCUCCGUGAUGAGCCACCCUAUCCAGAAACAUCAGCUUGCAUCGUUAAAUGCUUACUUGAAAAGAUCGGUGUUGUGAAAAGCAACAGAUAUUCGAAAAUGGGUUUCAUGACCGCCGUAACACCUCUAGUGUUCACAAACAAAAAGAAAAUGGAACACAUGAAAACAGUAUCGGAAAACUGCGACAAAGAGGUAAAUCACAAACAUGAGACGCCAUGUCAACUCGGGAAUGAGGUCACUACAUGCAUCUUUAAAUACGCCCCCGAGCUACAUUUUAAGUCUUAA